AUGGCAAACAUCCAUGCUAUGGUAUAUCAUGUCCCACGCUUCAUGAAGAUCCACAGUGGAAUAAGGAAGUUUUCUGGACAAGGUGAAUAGUUAUAUUUAUAAAAUUUGAUUAAACAGUAAUAUUAUAAUUAACCCAAUAAGUUGAGAAGUGUGGAAACAGAGUUUUCCCCCUCAAUAGCUUAGCUAUAUUGGGUUACCAUGGUCAUCAAACCUACUGUAAUAUUCCUUGUCAGUGUAAUAAAUAAUAUAUGUUAUCAAUAUAUAUAAAUUUUAACAUUACCAUAUAGGUGUUGAGAAACUGAAUGAUGAUUGCUGGAGAACCCAUCUGGAAAAGUCAAAUAAGUGGGAUGCUGCCAAGGAUGUAUUAAUGGCUGAGGAACGACUUGGGGUUUUGAGUGAGUUACAACGAACACCCAGAACAUACAAAAAGAAGGCUGAUAAGUACUGGGCAACUGGUAUUAUGGACAGUCGUAAAAAAGCGUCCUUGACCAUGCAAUCAGGAAAAAGUCAAUGA